AUGCUUCCAAGACGCGAGCUGAAAUUUGUUACAGUAUAUGCUGACUCUCUCAUUAUUGUCAAAGGUGCAGAUCAUUCCGAGGAAAGAGAUAAGCCACACUGUAUUUGUUCUCUUGAAGAAAGUGGGAAUGAGUUGGCAUUUGCAGACGUAGAUAUGUUUAGGAUAGAUAUGAUAACAUUAACCGAUGAAAAGAGCACGACAUGGUCAUCAUUCUUCCGAACAUUUCACACGAAAGUGUCUUCACUCCAUUUCAACAUUACCGUAGUCACCACAUGGGCGCUGUUGAAUAUAGUCGAGUCUUUAUGUCCUAAGUCAUUAACGAUCGAAUUCGAAAUGACUGAAGGGCCUUUACGGGUACCUCGACUUUGUCAGCAUCGUGCUGUGCAGAAGGUUUCCUCGUUGACCCUGUUGAAUUCGAAUAUCUUUGACGAGUGCCUUGAUGCGAUUCGAAUACCCACUUUACAUCUACAGGGUGACACAGAAAUCACUGGAUUUGGACUUCAGCAUGUAUUGGCGGAGUGGUUGACUGGAAAACGAGCAAUAAAAAUCUACGAGAUUACAGCAAGAGGCUUCGUCUCCCCUUCACAUUUAUUUCACAAUAUCCCAGCUGAACACGUGAAAGAUACGGACAACUGGCUGAUUCAAAGAGGAAAAGACGUCUUGUGCGUAACCGCUACUGGGCACAAAGCAGCUGUUGUCAUUCCUUUCGUGUACGUAGAUCUCGAUAAUGUUUCUUUUAUGAGAGUCAUUCAAGUAAACACACUUUAUGUAAUUCUUAUGACACCAGGUGUGAAGCGAAAAUCGGAUGAAACAUUAGACGGUAUCAAAAUAGCUAAGAUACACAACACUGAUGAUAAAUUGAUGAAUCUCGAUGUUACAUCCACUUUUUGCAAGAAUUGGUUCCGUGAUGCAAAAUCCGUCCUAAUCCUCGGUGACGGCAAUCUCAGUUUUUCGUUGGCUGUAGCGGAAUGUGCAACGGAUAUUCCCAUAACCGCAACGGUUUUGGACUCAGAGAAUGAUUUCCGCACUCGUUAUCCCAGCUGUGCAAAUCCAGAAAAGCUCAGGAAGCACGCUAAUGUGAACUUGAGGUUUUCUGUCGAUGCUACAGCUUUGCCACAAGAGUGGUGGGGUAAAUUCCAUUACAUCAUUAUGAAUUUCCCUCAUCCUGGAGGUAAAACAAAUCUAAGAAAAAGUCGACAAUUAGCCAGCGCAAUUUUUCGUGGAGUAAAUAGGAUAAUGACUAAAGAGACGAAAUUCUAUCUCGCUCUUGCUAAAGGUCAAGCUGGAGUGGAACAGAGUGAA